AUGUCGUGGGCAGCCCGCCGAACGACGACGCGGAAGGAGGACAUGGCCUAUUGUCUUCUCGGCCUCUUCGGCGUCAACAUGCCGCUCCUGUACGGCGAGGAAGACAAUGCGUUUCUGCGGUUGCAAGAGCACAUUAUCCAAAAGACGAACGAUCUCAGUAUUUUUACUUGGUCUCCGCCGUGCCUGGUCGCUCGUCCCGAGGUCGAUGUCGCGCGGGGCUGUCUUGCCGAGAGCCCCGCGGACUUUGCCUCCUGCAACUUCGUGUCAAGGAGGGACACGUUUGGGAUGAUGGAGCCCGAGUUUGUCAUGACCAACAAGGGCAUCCGGCUCGAGACGUCCAGGGACUUGGUCUACACGACAGUCUCGCCCGUGGCGGGCGAGCUCCGCACAUCGUACAUCCUGCGUCUAGGCUGCUACACUGGCCUGCAGAACGCCGUCGAGAUUGUGGUGCCGCUGCAGAAAUGGGGCCGCGACAUCUUCGCCCGGGACCCGUCCCGUCCCAACACGUUCAACAAAGUCGACUAUGUGGAAAAGCCUGCCUUUGAAAAACGACAGACCAUCUACCUGAUUGUGUCAUUGCCAGCCCAUACCUCCAUACGCCAGAGCCAGACGCUCCUUCCACUGUUCCAACGAGCUGCCUCCUGCAUGGCAGUGCUGCACAUCGAGCCCCUCGCGUGCCCAGACGUCAUGGCGUACGUCUACAACAGGUGGCCCUCGAAUCACUUUGACGCCGAGCGGAAUCUGUUCAUGGCGUCCGUGGGCAUGCUCGGAAAGCAGUGGACGGCCUGCCGUUUUCAUGUUUCGCCCGCGGACUUGAGCGAUGCUGGAUCGCUGGAUGAUGAGCACGUCAUGCUUCCCGCUGUAUUCUAUCUCGUGGUUAUCUGGAGCAUUCGACCUUCGCCCAGAAACGAUGAGGAGUUUUCCUACCUUCUCCUCGAGCGUCCCGCGUGGGAACAAGAUUUCGAAACCGAUGCCAUUUCUGAACUCUUGACCGAAGUGGCGGACAAUUUCAAAAGCCCAUAUAACUUGCAGAAGGCCCUCGCCAUACACACAGACACAGGAAGAGACUGGAAUAGGCCAUUAACCAUCGUGAGAACCAUCGGCAGACGAAGGCAGCCUUUAUCAAUAGAUUGCACCAGGCGAGUCGAAUAUGACUCUAGGAUGCAUGCAUACUCGGAACAUGUUGUUCGCAGCCCAGACUUGGAUUCCAUGGCUCAUGUUUGCAAACUCUCUGGAGACCUCUGCAAGUACUCUCCCAACCUUCAAGUGCGACCUAGAAAGGACUACGAAGUGUCGUUCAGACCGAUAGACAAGUUCGUUAUCCGGUCACUCAAAAACCUCCAAGAGUCACUUGCGAAGGCACCCAAUAGUACCGCGAAAGAUCACGAAUCCAGGGUCACAGUGCCUGCCCAAUCUGAAUUUCAUCAGACAUUGACAGACCCCGACUUCCAGCCCGAAAUCUAUGAGCUCCUCGGUGUUCCUUAG